ACUAAAAAAACUAGUAGAUAUGCAAAUGAUGAACAGAAUAAGUGUUGUUGUUGCUGUUUCAAUUGCAGCUUAUGCAAUUAAGCAGCUCACAAUCAGAUCAUGGACAUCAUUUUUCUUGCCUACCAACUGUUCAGAAAAUGGAGAGGACGCCAAGAAGAAUGGAUUGGACGAAGAAGAAGAAGAGGAAGAGGAAGCUAGUUCAAUAAAUGAUGCAACUAGUCAAGUUAAUGGUAGAACCUCUGAUCUUGAAGAUGGAGAUCAUAGUUCAGAUGAGCUUCAAGUACUUCUACCACAACGAAAUUCCGAAAAUUGGUUGCUUGUUCACUAUAAGAAAGAAGAAAAAGUUCCUGAAUUCCUUACAGAAAGCAAUAAGAUUGAAUCGGAAAGGUUGCUGAAACUAGUGAUGGAAUUGGAGGAGAGGAAAGUGAAACUUGAAGGUGAAUUGCUCAUGUGCGACGGAAUAAAAUACAGUGAAACCGACGUCAUGGAGUUACGAAAGCAGCUAGACGCCAAGAAUAAUGAUAUCAGUAUGCUUAAUAACACAAUCAGCUCUUUGCAAGCUGAGAGAAAGAUUCUAAAAGAAGAGAUAUUGAAGGGAGCAUUGAUGAAGAAGGAACUAGAGGAGGCUAGGGACAAGAUUAAGGAGCUGCAGAGGCAAAUUCAGCUUGAUGCAAACCAAACAAAAGAACGUUUGUUAUUACUCAAACAACGAGUUUCCACUUUGCAAGCAAAAGAAGAAGAGGCUGUCAAGAAAGAAGCAGAACUUUUUAAGAAACAGAAAGCGGCGAAGGAUUUCGAGGUAGAACUUGGGGAGCUUAAGUGGAAGAAUCGAGAGCUUCAACACGAAAAACAGGAACUAACUUCUAAACUAGAAGUUAUGAAGGCAAGAAUCAAAACACUGACUAAGAUGACAGAGAGUGAAAUAAUCACUAAGGAAAGAGAAGAGGCUCAAAAGUUAAAGAGUGAAAAUGAGGAUCUCAUAAAGCAACUUGAAGGGCUCCAGAUGAAUAGGUUUAGUGAAGUUGAAGAGUUAGUGUACCUUCGUUGGAUCAAUGCUUGCUUGAGGUAUGAGCUUCGAAACAACCAGAUACCGGCAGGUGAAUCCGCUCGUUAUCUCAAUAAGAGUUCAAGUCCAAAGUCAAGAGAAAAGGCAAAACAACUCAUGUUAGAGUAUGCAGGAAUGGAGUUUGGACAAGAAGAAACAGAUCAUGAGAGCAACUUUUCUCAUCCAUUCUCUUUUGGGAUUGAUAAUCUUGAAAAUACUUCAAUUGAUAGUUCAAGGAGCAGAACAAGUAGUUUCAGUGAGAAGCCUAAUUCAAAUUUGAGUUUGAAGAAAUUGAUCAGAAACCAAGGUGGUUUGAGUGCUGUUUCGCCUCCAGGUAUAAGCGGUUCGAGCCACAGAUGGAAGGAUCCUUUAGAAGCAGUGAUGGCUCUGAGUGCUGAAACUUUAACUCUCUCAGAGGUUAGAUUGCAAGUUUCUUCAAGAAAAUCUGUCAACUCAGUUGCAACAUCAUUCCAACUGAUGUCUAAAUCAGUUGAAGAAAGUCUACAACAGAAAUAUUCAACUUAUAAAGAGCAUUAUAAGUUGGCCAUAGGGAGUGAGAAGCAAAUCAAGGAAAAGGCUGAGAGCGAAAAGGCAAAAAGUUCUGGCGACUCUUCAAGUUUGAAUUUAGAAUACCAUGACAUUAGCAUGAGAAAGAAGUCUGCAACUUUACCCCUUAAACUUGCUCAAAUGAAGAAUAAAAUUUCUUGUGAACCAGAUAGCCAAAAUGAUAAUGAUAGCACAAAUUUGAUCUCCAAUCCAACUUCUUCUGGAGGUGAAGUUCAUCGAGGAUCCGAGUUAGUUCAAUUCAAUCAAAAGAUGAUGAAACCUGAGGUGAAAGCUCAUAUGGAAACUCAAGGAGAUCACUUGGUUGUGGCAUUGGCAAUGGAAGUUAGAGAAGCGUGUUUCUCCAACAUGGAAGAUAUCGUCUCCUUCGUUAUACGGCUUGACGAAAAGUUAUCUUCUUUGGUUGAUGGGAUGGAGAUUCUCGAACAUUUCGAUUGGCCUAUGCGAAAAACAGAUGCUUUAAGAGAAGCAGCCUUUGGAUAUCAGAAGCUGAUGAAACUAAGGGAAGAAGUCUCUUCUUUUGUUGACAAUCCCAAACUCACAUGUGAAGUUGCUUUAAACAAAAUGAACUCCUUGCUAGAUAAGGUGGAGCAGAGUGUCAAUGCAUUGUUACAAACAAGGGACACGAUGAUUUCCCGUUACGAGGAACUCGGAAUUCCCAUUGAUUGGUUGUUGGAUUGUGGAGUUGUUGGGAAGAUAAAGGUGUUAUGUGUAGAAUUGGCAAGGAAGUACAUGAAACGCAUAGUAAAAGAACACAAUGCUUUGAGUGGACCUGACAAAGAACCAAAUAGAGAAUUUUUGCUUUUCCAAGGAGUUCGUUUUGCUUCUCGCGUUCAUAAGUUUGCAGGAGGGUUUGAUUCGAAGAGCAUGAAGGCUUUUGAAGAACUGAGAAAUCGUGUUCAUACAGAGACAGGACAAAAAAAUUAAUCAUAUUUUUCUCUCUUUUUUCUUGUUCGUAUUGUAUAAUUAAUCUUAGCUUAUUUUAUGUAGAUAUAAUCUCAAUAGAUUUUAUGAAUGUGAUAGAAAAAAGAAAAAGAAAGAUGAUAGAUAUAAGAAUAAUAAUCAAAGUUGAUGAUCACAAAUAUAAGAAAGAGAGAGUAGGGAGGUGAUGAUCUCAAAUAUUUGUUGUAAUGAAGAAAUUAGAUUGUAGUAAUUAAUUUUAGUUUGAAACAUAUGUAUAAUUUAUAUAUUAUAAGAAAAAUAUCCAUCUAUAUCUUUUUUUUUAUUA